AUGGAAGGCAUAUUACGACUGUCAAACGCAGUGUCUGUAAGUGCCUGUGUUUCUCCUCUUAGUGAAUUAGUGAAGCAGACAGGAGAGGAAAACAACUCCUUUGAACGUAUUGUAACUAUCAUGCCACAUGAUUGCACUGACAGCACCGGUUAUGCUACACAGUACGAGGACUGGAUACAUGCGACGCAGUACUGGGCGUGGACCUUGACUGCUGUAGGCGGUGUGGGGAACCUGCUCACCAUCUUGGUCAUUCUGCAUCAGCUGUACAUCGGGUGCUCGUGGAAGCACCGCCCCCGCAGUUCCCUCGGGAGGCAGGACAGCAACUCCCGCUUCGAGAAACCCGUCCUCCCCUUCGAAGGCCACACCCUCCUCCUGCUUCACCUGUGCUUCUGCGACUUCCUGUACUCCGCCGUGAACCUUCCGCUGACGAUCAUCGCCUACGACCAUGCCCUACACGGUGCCAGGGAUAAGCUCGACCGCCUGUGCCCGGUCGCCGCCUUCCUGAGGUACACCAGCGCCCUGGCGGAGUGGCUGACGCUGGGGCUCCUGGCGUUACAACGGUGCGUGGACCUCGGCCGCUGGAGGAGCGCGCGACUCUUCCGGCCCGCGGCCACCGGGUUCCUCAUCGGCGGCGUCUGGGCGGUCAGCAUCGCCCUCCAGCUCGUGCCCUUCGCUAUGGGCGGCUACGGCUACUCCUGCGAAAACUUCAAGUGCGACAUAACGAACGAUGUCCUGAAGACUAUCUUCUACGCCAUCCAGUCGCCUCUGCCGUGUGUCAUGAUGUUCACGGGAUCCGUAGGACUCUUGUACCAGCUGCGGAUGUAUACCAAGGAGAUGGAGAACAUGAAAAUGAUCUCCAACCUGCCGAGGAAGCGUCUGGUGAAGUCCUCCCUCCUCGUGCUAUCCCUCCUGCUCCUCUUCCUCGUCUGCGUGGUCCCCAUCUGCAUCCACAACCUCAUCCUGAAGGACGUCGUCAGCCCGGAAGUCCACAUCCCCGCCGGGUUACUCUUGUACAAGGUCUACUACCUACAAUACGCGAUUAACUUCAUCCUGUACAACAUCAUGAGUGCCAACUUCAGGAGAGCCUAUCGCCGUUUCUUCAGCCUGUUCUUCCCUUCUUGCCGUUCUCCUGUUGGCGGCUUGAGCUCCAUAUACAGUGUUACACUCUCGCCACACAGUGACUCACAGAGGAAAACCCAGGCAGUUUGUAUCCAGCGUGAUUCUGCUAGCAUGUCUAAAAGGUUUUAGAUAGUGUAUUUAUUGUUUUUUUUUUUUUAUCUACUGUAAAUAUAUGUAAAUGCAUAUGUGCGUGUGUUUGUGUAUGUGAAUAUAUGUGUUUAAACAAAUAAACCUUUCGUAGAUAAUCAUUAUGAUUUACUC